AAUAAACAGCAUUUAACAUAAUCCAAACAUGUCAUUAAUGCCAUUAUCAAGAGGUAAAAAAAGCUUUAUUGCGCUUUCUGAUACUUCAAGCUGUAAGGGCUCAUUCUAUGACACAGCAACACUUUAUGAGUGCAGUCAUUACUAUGUAUAAAUAUGUCUAUAGGCUUAUGUCAAUCAUCAUGAUGCAUUAUAAAUACUUUAUAACCUUUUAUGAAUGUGUUUAUAAUGCUUCGUGAAUACUGGGUUUAACUAAAGUUUUACCGAUUUUCUUACAGGCCUGAGUGAAUUCUUUGUUCGUUCCGGAGAGAUGCUUCAGUCUGUAAGCUCCUCCUCUGUUGGGAUGCCACUGCUCCCGCGAGUGGGUGACAGAUCAGCAGAAAAGGGACCCAGACCGCGCACUACGCCAGAGAGGAGGGGAAGCCACCAGUCAUCCCAGACAUGCAUCAUCAACACCACACCAGAGCAGCUCAAGGCACAUCACAGUGUUCUAUCCGACCUUUGACCUUCCUGCUCUAUCUGCUCUAUCUGCUCACUUGCUCGGGAUUAGUCACGUCUUUGCAUGUUCCUCCCUCCAUGACCGGCCAGCGGUCGGCCUUCUCCGCCACCCGCAGCAGCAGCAUCACCGGCGGCACACAGCGGGCCGUGACCUUCGAUCGUCUGCUGGUCAACGUGGGUCACGACUUCAACCCCGACACGGGUCGCUUCCGCUGCCGCAUUCCAGGCGCCUACUACUUCACUUUCACCGUGGGCAAGUUCCCCAAGAAGCUGCUCUCGGUGAUGCUGGUGAAGAAUGGCCAAGAAGUGCAGGCCAUAGCGUACGACGACUACCGCAAAGAGGGCCGCAAGGUGCAGAGCCAGAGUGUGAUGGUGAGCCUGAGAGCCAUGGAUACGGUGUGGCUGCUGCUCCAGGAGAACCAGCAGUACGCCCUGUACAGCAACGCUGGCCCCUACAUCACAUUCAGCGGUUACCUGGUCUACCCAGAUGUUUCAACGUUUGCAGGUCACAUCAACAACCACCUGCCCCCACCCGCUCUGCCAUUCCCUGGCUGCCCUCCGCCAGGGGAUUCAUACUAUGGCUGGACGAGGAGGGAGGACACCUUGGAGGAGCCCCGCUCAGCCUUCUCCAUGGCCCGGACGUCUCCUACCUUGGGGGAGAGGAGCUUUCAGCAGGGCAAACAGGCACUGACCUUCGAUGUGGAAUACGUCAACAUCGGGGGGCACUUCAACAAGUCAUCGGGCCGGUUCACGUGCCACUACCCGGGGGCCUACUUCUUCGCCUUCACCGUGGGGAAGCACCCUCGCAGGGCCGUGUCUGUGAAGCUGAUGCUGGGCAAGGGCGAGGUGCAGGCCAUGGUGUUUGACGAGGACACAUCCCGACGCCGGGAGAUGCAGAGCCAGAGCCUGCUGCUGUCGCUGCAGAGGGGAGACAGCGUGUGGCUCUACAGCCAGCAGGAUGACCGAUACGGCAUCUACAGCAACCAGGGCCGCUACACCACCUUUUCUGGCUUCCUGGUCUACACAGAGGCCCCCAUGGGUAUAGGCAGGACUCAGAAUUGAGAGACAUCCCAUGGACUGUUGGGAAGCUGCACCUGCUCAGUUCUAUUAUGCUAAGUAGUACAAAUGACAUGCAACGUCUGAAAAAGUAGAUUCUUAGGUUUUUUUAUAUGCUCAUAUAUUUGUGCAUUCCUAUGCGUAAUAAAAGCUUAACAUACGUAGUCAUAGU